AUGGCUCGUCGAUCAAUGGCAGCUGGUGGAUCGGGAAUUCUGUGUGCACAUCCUACUCGACAUCAAAAUCGUCGUAAAGCUACACAUCCAAAAGGCAAACGUGUCAUAUCCAAGCAGUUCGCCAAUUACAUACAAAAGUACUAUCGUCGUGGUAUCGGAAAGUCAAAGUUGUCAAUACGUGAAGGAGAUUUCUUAUGUUUCAAGUGUUAUAAUUUUGAAUUUAUCAAGAUGAGUAAAAAAUAUAAACUGACACAAGUGCAAGAAAGUGUUGUUGAACAUUAUCCUAAACUUGAACCAAUGGAAUUCGUGUCCUUUCUGAAUUUAACUGAAGCGCAAUCUGUUAUUCAAGAUGAAACAUUGUCCAGUGCCAGCCCCAACUCUUCGAACGCUUCUAUGAAUGAAUUUUAUGAUAAACAAGAAGCUGUUGAUUCGUUGAACAAUGUGUUUGAGUUAAUGAAUAUCGAGCGAAUUGUCGAUGUACGUCAUCGUGAUGAAUUACGUUCGAAGAGUAACCAAGUCGUCGUUAAACUCCAUAAUAUGCAUGAUAGUAUUCUUGAUUUGAAAAUAUCUUCCAACUCGAGCAAUACUCACUUCUUGUCAUCUGGUGUUACAUUACAUGACUAUCAAACAUUAAUUGAUGGUCUUAAACAAUUAUUUUUUAUCAGCAACAAGGAGCAACAGCUCCAGUUACUAACAAUUACCCCAGCCGAAUGGGGUAGAAAAAAAAUCGAAUAUUUCUUUAACUGUACUGAACACCAAGCAAAAGAGGCCAUCUUACUGAGAUAUUUGUAUGGUGUUUUAGCUCGACCAACGUAUUUCAGUGGUAACAAACCACUUUCAAAAGAAAUUAUCGAUCAAGUUUUAGAGUUCUACCAAGAUGAUAGAAUUAGUCGGCAAUCAUCGAAUAAAAAGGAUAAAAUCAAGGUCAAUGGUGAAGAUAAAAUAUUUCGAUUCAUGGAUAUGUGUGUCGGAGAUGCUUAUUUAGUAUUCAAGAAUGAAUUUUCAAAUAUUAAUAUUAGUCACUCAAAAUUCUUUGCUCUUAGACCCAAAUGGGUCAAAAUUAAUUGUCCCAGUCAAGGUUGCCUUUGUAUUUAUCACGAAAACUUUCACUUAUUGCUUGAGGCUUGGAACAAUCGAAACGAUGUUGACUGGGAUUUACAACAACUUACUGAUUGUAUUUUAUGUACAUCAACAACGGAAUCAUGUUACACCGAACAGUGUGAUGAUUGUGGAGAUCGUUCACCGAGUGAUAUCAUGCGGUUGACAUGCAAAGGUGAUAUCGACGACGAAGACAAUGAGGUUCGGUGGUUCAAUUGGAUUCGAACGUCAGGAAAAGUUAGUUUGCAAGAAACAUCUGGAAGUAUGGCAACAUUAUUGAGUAAAAUUGAUGAACAAUGGGCCGUUAUUCUCUAUCACCAUCAUGUUAAAGAACAGCAAAAAUAUUUUAUACAUGAAAUCAAACAGCGAUCUAGUGAUCAAGAUUACGUAGUUAUCACCUGUGACUUUGCUGAAAAUUAUACUUUAGUUGCUCAACGUGAAGUUCAAUCAGCCCAUUGGAACCAACAACAAGUAGCUAUAUUUACUAUCCACGUAAAAAUCGGUGAUUUGCAUUUGAACGUCGCUGCAAUCAGCGACUAUUUAAAUCAUGACACUGUCUUUGUACAUUGCUGUCAAAAAACAAUCGUCACAAUGGUUAAAGACAAAUUUCCACUUGUUCGAAAAAUUGUGUAUGUUUCUGAUGGAGCAGGAAUGCACUUUAAAAACAAGUACAAUAUGUAUAAUCUUUCGUGUCAUAAAGAGGAAUUCGGCAUAGGAGCUGAGUGGUUAUUCACGGCAACGGGACAUGGCAAAAGUGCCUGUGAUGGCAUCGGUGCUGCCCUCAAAUGUUCAGCAACACGACACAUAUCACAAUCCCAAAAGAAAACGUUUUUUUCAUCUGCUGAAGAUUUCUACGAGUUUUGCCGUGCUCAUAAAUCGUUAUCAUCGAAAAUCGAUGUUUUUUUUAUCAAAAAUAAUUAUGUUCUGGAACAGACGUACAUACUGAAUGAACGAUGGAAAAAGCUGCCCACGAAAAGUUGGAUUGUUGGUAUCAAAGGCUUUCAUCAUUUUGAAAGUCCAAGUACAGGUCAUUUAAUCUGCAAAAUAACAUCUACUUCAUCAGAACUCCACGAAUUUACCUUAACUUAG